CUGUCAACAGACGACAGAUAGCCGGACUGAUGCUGCUUAUCCUCCGACUGCCUUAAAAAUGACUUUCUCGGACCCUCUAAGGCUUAAACUGGCUUACAGUACGUUGUUGAAAGUGUGUCUAUGUCAGGGAUUCGCCAUGUUCUGUGUAAUGAUGUACGUUUUGGUACCAGAUAUGGAUACAAGACUUGGCGGUGUGGGUGCGUCACGGUGGGAGAAACGACUGUCUAAACAAGACAUUUCUGUUACGUUGAUCAACGAAACGGCGAGAUUGGUUGACCGAGGCCCCUGUGUGUGCGACAAAGGAUCAAUUCCUUUCCCCAAAGCCAUGACGACUGAGGAGAAGGAAGAAGUAAAGAAGCGCAGGAAGAAAGAGCUGGAGAAAUUUCGCGCCAGAGUGUCCAGGAUGUCCGACCCCCUGCUGUUGGUGAGGGGGUCCUGCCCGCUGAGUUACCCCUCCAUGGGUCUAAAAGUCGUGCCGGGGGAAGCUAUCGGCAUUCCGGAACUUUCAGUCGACGACAACAUUUUUAGAGAACUUUAUAAGGUGGAAUUUUCGGCAGAGUUCGGAGUUCUCGACAUCGCGGCGGAAGUUCCCGAAGUUGACGUCAGCGAACGUCGGACUAACUCGUUAGCCAUCGAAAGCUCGUCUUUAAUUCAUCUGAACCGCCAACUGGACUUUCUCGUCUACAUCAACACAGAGCCUGAACUGGGGAGACUGGAUCUGGUGAAGUUCCGGUACUUUGACCAUGACGUCACCAUCCCCAUAAGGAUCAAUUUCCGGCCAGUCCCCCGGCUGUACGACCCCGGACCCGACAACAGUAUCGACCGGAAGGUGACGAUCCUUACCAAGACCUUCCUGAGGUACCCCUCCGUCCGGAAUCUGAUCCGGAGCAUCCGGAAGUUCUACCCAACCAUCCGGAUCGUCAUUGCAGACGACAGUCGUCCGGUACAGAAUCUCCAGGGAGACAACGUGGACCAUUACGUCAUGCCUUUCGGAGUGGGCUGGUUUGCAGGUCGGAACCUGGCGGUGUCACAAGUGAAAACUCCCUACAUGCUCUGGAUGGAUGACGACUUCCUGUUCACACCGGAAACCAAGCUAGAAAAACUGGUUGAUGUUCUAGAAAAUGCUGACAUUGACAUAGUGUCUGGCUUGGUUGGGCGCGCCCGCAUGAGCAUGUACAAACUGAACAUUCUGGAGGGAGACGAGGAGGGGGACUGUUUCGUGCAGACCACGGGAACAUACGGGACAUUGAAAGACUUCCCAGAAUGCCACAGGGUGGACAGGGUCAUCAACUUCUUCCUGGGUCGCACGGACAAGGUCAGAGAGGUCGGGUUCGAUCCAGCGUUCUCGCGAUACGCCCAUACAGAGUUUUUCUACGAGGGGCUGGGCAAGCUGAGGGCUGCUGCCUGUAGCUUCGUAAGAAUCAACCAUGACCAGACGAGCAAUGACCAGUACGUCAAAUUUCGCGAGCCUGGGAGAGCGUACCUCAAAUUCUUGGUAAACUACCAGUAUUUCAGAUACAAUGUCAAGUGUUGGAAUAAAGACGAAUGAGGUAUUCCCUAAGAUUUAAUUCUUGCUCUAAUUGUAAUGUUUUGCUUAAACUUUAAUCAAUUAUUGCGACAUUGUAAUAAUGACCAACGCUUUAUGGAUGUAUUAUGGAGCACAUUCAUCCGUUUCCCUGGUAUCCUGAGCAUUCUUUGAUAAGGCCACAGCAAGUAAAUUGUAUCGAUAGCAUCAGCGUCUUAAUUUUAUUUUCUUCUGAGAUGGUCAACAUGACGAGAAAGUACCAAAAUGGGCAAAUAUGUUGUGUUGUAGGCUAAUGAUUGCACUUGUAGAAGUCACACUAGCCAGGAAGCCAUGACUCUAGCUACAGAAAUGAAACUAGUUAGAUAGAUGUAAAAGUGGCACCAAUAUGGAUGCCAUGAGUAGUUGCCAUGUUGGUAAGUGAUACCAGUGUACCACACUAGUGUCACUUUUACUGCACUAGUUCACGUCUUGAAUACAGGAAUGAAUCGAAUGCCUUGUUGGCUGUAGUAAUAUGUUUCGUGGCUUCAAUUCUUGUUUUUUUCGCCCUAUCUCACUAUUAUCACCUAUAUCACUGCAGAGGAUACCAUCCAUGAAAUUUACUUGCUGUGGCCUAAAUAGAUAACCGUGCCUAUAUCCAAGAACAAUAAUAACUCGUCCAGCUAAAGGUCUAGGUGUCUCAGAUCUUUCGCACUAACCACUAUCAACAUGUUUAUCACAAAUUUGUUGGAAA